CCAAUCAGAGGGAUCCUCUUGCGCGCGCGCCACCAGCCAAAAUGGUAGCGGCUGUUGGCGCGGAGUCCGAUUUGUAGUGUUGUUGCUUCGUUCUCCUUGCAAAAUGUGAACGAAGCGGCCGGUGGUGGGGGACUCCUAGGUAUGAGUCGGCGGAGAAAAUAUGGGGGCACCCCCAGCCCGAAGAGCACCCCGCGCAAAACGGCCGCGCCUGAGGAAGUCAGCUCGGAGGUCGAGCCGGGGAGGAGGCGGUUGAGGUCGGCCCGCCGCUCGGAUCCCCGCGGGCCUGGACUGCGGUCUCCAGCAACCGCUUCGAGCAGUAAAAAUCACCCGGAGGAAAAGUAUGAAACACCAAGGAGAAUGCUGAAAAUGGAUUUGUUAUCAUGUACCUUCAGUUCUCCAAAUGAUCCAGAUGGGCAGAAUGAUAUCUUUUGGGACCAAAAUUCUCCAAUGACAAAACAGUUAGGUAAAGGAAGAAAAAAGCAAAUUUAUGCCACAGAUAGUGAAGUGAUUUCACAUAUUGUUAAUCGCAUUGCUCCUCAGGAUGAUAAGUCAACAGCAAAUUCUAUGCUGGGCAUUUGGAUUGGUGCAACUGCUAUUCCUUGUACUCCCAGUGUAGCAAAAGAAAAAUCAAGAGUAAAAGUGAGCUGCACAAAAUUAAAAACAAAAAAUCGAGAAAAAGAACUUAUGAAAUUGGCAAAACAAUUUGAUAAAAAUAUGGAAGAGCUAGAUGUGAUUCAAGAACAAAUCAAGAAGAAUCAUGAUUUUAUCCAGAUAAUUUCAGACACAGAGACUGUACAUAAUUGGAAAAAUUGUAUAGAAAUGCAGUCAUCAUGUGAUAUAGUUCCUGAAAUAGAUAAUGUUGCAAUAAAGAAGCCAAUGGAAGGAAACACUGCAAUAUCAGUGGCAAAUGAUCAAACCACCAGUCAAAAGCCAUUUGACCAAAUGUUGGAAGCAGCCUUUAAUGCAAUUUUUGAUGGUUCUACUCAGAAAUGUAGUGGACAGCUAAGCCAAGGUCUGUCAGAUGGUUUUUUGUACAACAGUAAUACUACUUUUGGAAAAAAAAGUGCUUUGACAAAGGAGAAUAUCAUUGCUAAUAAAACUCUGGUCACUGAAAAACUAGCAAAUAAAACCCCAGUAGCAGUUUCUCCUCAAGUAGAUACUCCCACAAUGACAAAAUCAUACGUGACUUCCAAAACUAAGGGACCGGAAGGAUCUGAUAAGCACAUGGAUGCAUUUUCUACCAGUGAUUUUGAGGAAGAUUGGGAAAGCUUACUAGGAAAUGAACUUUUUGUUAUGCAAAAUGUCGAAAUGCUUGAACUUUUCCCUUCUAAAACUGCCCAAGUUAACAGUACAUCAAGAAUGAAUGUAAGUCUAGAUACCAGGUUAAGAGAUUCAACAAUACUACAAGAUCUUCCUUCAAACACAUAUAACGGAGAACUGAUAGAUGCUAAUAGAAAAUACAGAUUUUCACAAAAUCCAAACAGUAAACCAAGCAAAUUACCACUCACUGGAAACAAAAUGAAAUUUGACAGAACUUUCAAUAAAAUUGUUACUCAAGACAAAACUCAGGACUGUGCAGUUGAGUAUAACUUGACAAAAAUAAAAGAAAAUGUUCACAUGAACUUUACUUCUAAUAUAAAUGCUUCUGAAAAGUCUUUUUUGAACACGAGAUCCUCUAGUGAACCAAAAAAUAAGCCCAUUUUUAAGCAUUCUUUCCAAGCAUCUGUUAAUACUGAUUCUUUUGGUUCUGCAACUUUAGUCAAUGAAACCAGUGUUCGUAACUCAAAUCAAACUAAUGCAUCAAAGUUAGAUUCUUUUUUUGAUGAUUGGAAUGAUCCGUUAUUUGCUAAUGAAAUUAUUAAAGCAUGUCAUAAAUUAGAGACUACUUGGGAAGCAAAUGAUGUAGAUGAUGAUUUGUUAUAUCAAGCAUGUAAUGAUAUUGAAAGACAAACCCAGCAACAAGACAUAAAGGACAGCAGGAGUACUCUUGAGAUCAAUAAUAAUUCUAAACAUGGAGGCCAAAACAUGUCUACUGUAUCUAAAAGAGGAAGUCACUUGGCACAACCAAAGCAUUUGAAUAUGGAUAGCAUUUCAGUGCAGACAUCUUUCUUGACAAAUAACUCACAAUUUGUUAAACCAGUGAAGAUAGAGAAGCAGAAAAUGUGUGGAAAUUCUCCACGUGUUUUGGGUGCAACAACAAAUUUGACUAUGUACCCCAAGAACUCAAAUUGUGAGAUCAAUAAUGUGCAUGUGUCUUGGAAUAAUUCUGAUGUUCCAGUACAUGUGACUAGUUCUGAAUCACUUCUUUCAGGAAGUUCAAAUCAUACUAGCUCAGAAAUUGUUACUAGGGAGAAGUCAAGUACACAGAGACUAUCCUGUAUGAUCAUAACAAAUGAAACUCAAACUGACCUUAACAAAACGGAUAGAUCUUCAAAGUAUACAUUUACAAAGCCGAAAAAUUCUCACAUUCUUUCUCAGUUCAGUCAAAAUUGUAUAGCAGGACAUAUGACUGCUACCAAAAUUACACAUAGCCUAGAGGAAAAAAAACCUGUCAUCUCAUGGAAGACUGACCCACAGCGAUCUUUGAUGAAACUUUGUGAAUCUUCGAAACAGUCUUCAAAAGGUAUGUAUAAAACUAGUUUUCUUCGAUACUACUAUAGAUGUAGAUAAUUAUGCUAUAGUACACAGAGUAGGUGGUUUGUGUUUCAAAGGAAUACAUUGGAUUCUUUCCCAGUACUUAACAGUGACUGACAUAUAUAGUAGGGAGUCUAAAUAUUUGUUCA